AGUGCGCACAUGCAUGCAUAGCGAGUGCGGCGCUGGAGCCGCCGUAGCGCUGUGAUCGUCCGGGCGAAUACGUGACGAGGAAGCUGUCUGGGCUUGCACGCGUCCAUACAAGAGCGUAUGGCUGCCCCGCGUUUGGCUGCCACGAGUUUCAUGCUCGCAGGCCUCGCCUUUGCUGGAUCCGGCGCCGCGCCCGCCGUCGGCCGCCGCGAGGCGGCCUGGGGCGCCCGGCUCGCGCGCAAGCAGCGGUGCCUGGCGGCGGGCGCCGGCGGCUUCUACCUCUACCACGCGCGCAAGGCGGCGGGCACGACGCUGCGCGCGGCACUGCAGGAAGCGGCGCGGCGGCACCGCGUCGCGUACUGGGAGACCGAGGGCCUGUCGAUCGACCCCAUGUUCCUCGGCCUGCGGUCGAUCAUCACGGUCGUGUCCGUGCGCGACCCCAUUCGCCGCGUCCUUAGCAUGUACUGGUACGAGCACGUCGGCUGGCACGACGGCAUUCUGCACGACCCCGCGGGCCUCCGGACGCUGCGCGCGUGGGUCGACGAGUGGAAGGACGACAGCCCGUGGAAGCGCGACUUCGCGCGGCGGAAUCCCGGCAACGUCUACGUCGAGGUGCAGAACUACUUCACGAAGGCGCUGGCCGGCUGGAACGCCGCGGGCGCCGCGGCGGCCGUCGACGCGGCGGCUCUCUCUCGCGCGCGCGCAGCGCUCGAGCGCUUCGACGCGAUCUUCGUCGUCGAACGCGCGACGUGGCCCAAUCACACGGCGCUGCUGCGGCGCGCGCUGGGCCACGACGCGCCGCUGCGGGCGACGCUGCGGGGCGCCGGCCCGCGCGCCACUUCUUCUCUAUUUUCUUUGUGCGCGCGCGCGACACUUAUGGCGACGAGGCGCGAACGCGGCGGCGCGCGCAGGCGACGACGCGGCGCGGCGGCGCCUUGCGCCCCGGCUCGCGCCCGACGCCGCCGCCGUCGUCGCGGACCUCGAGGCGCUCAACGGUUUCGACCGCGACCUCUACGGCUACGCGCUCGCGCUCGACGACGCGCGCACGGCGCACGCGCAGCGCGAGCCGCGGCGCGAUGGCGGCGUGGCGCCGUGCGAGACCCCGCCGAGCCGGCAGCUUGGGUCGAAGACGGGCAUUUUCCGCCCGCGCGGGCACAAACACCGGUGACCGCGCUCGCGGCUCGCGAGUGUGGGGGGUAAAAUGGUGUGUAGUAUUGCUGGUCGGGGUUAG